CGGGGUCUUCAGUUGAUUUGUAGAGAGUGUUCUCAUCUCCAUGAACAAUUUUCAGUCUUGCUCAAAAUGAAAUCUGACGAUCCUGAAACGGACAAAACCGUGUCCAUUAGGCAAAUACAACCACUUCUGGCUCGGAGUGUCCCUCGCGUGAUCGCGCCGAUUAGUGACAAGAAAGGUGAACAUGAAAGAGACAACGGUGGCGUUGCUAAGGCCACCAUCACACAUUCUGAAAGCGGCAAGAAAGACCGCAAAAAAUUACGCAGGCUGGUAUCUGAACUUACUCUAAUGGAGGUGAAGAAAAGUAAAGACAAAGGCAAAAGAAGGAAAGCUAUUCGCGUGCCAUCUGUGGAUACUUCGCAAGCGAGAGGAAGUUCUGAUGUUGUGCGUCUUGCUAUCAAAGAACUUGGAUGGCGAGAGUACCCGACAGGUAGACGGAAUGGUUGCGACUUCUACUGGCUUGGUGGACAUUUCGAGAUGCCUGAAUAUCCAGAAACAGGAUGGCUUAGCAAAUUUUUCGGCAUGUCUGAGGCUGCCCACAAAGUAGAACUCACAAGACACAUCAACAGACUGCAUUUUUUAUUUCCUCAUGAGUUUAGCUUUUAUCCAAAGACUUGGAUGCUGCCAGAAGAAUUUGGUGAAGUUUCUGCCUACAUGUCCAAAGCAAAGAAGCCACCCACUCUUAUUGUCAAGCCUGAUGGAGGGUCUCAGGGGGAUGGAAUUUUUUUAAUGCAGAACAUUCAUGAUGUACAUCUAAGCACUGCUCUUGCAAGGCCCUGUGUGGUGCAGGAGUAUGUUGCAGAGCCUUAUCUACUUGAAAAGUUUAAAUUUGAUCUUAGGAUUUAUGUUGUGUUAAAGAGGUUGGAACCUUUAGAAAUCUUCAUUUGCCGUGAAGGCAUGGCACGUUUUUGUACUGAACACUACCAGCCACCGACGCAUAAGAACAUUUCCAAGACUUACAUGCACUUGACAAACUAUUCAUUAAACAAACACAGUGCAGGUUAUGUUCAAAGUGAUGCAGAGGAUAAGGGAAGCAAGCGCAAGAUAAGUGCUGUCUUCAAGCAACUGGAGAAACAAGGAUGCAACAUUCCACUCUUGUGGGCUGAAAUAGACCAACUUGCCUGCAAGACUGUCAUUGCUCUUUUACCAAUAUUGAAACUUCAAACUCAGAUCAUAAGCACCGAGUUGAAGCAAGAUCUCAGAUCUUUUCAAAUCUUAGGUUUUGAUAUUCUAUUAAACAAAGACCUCAAGCCAAUCUUGCUUGAAGUGAACUCCAGUCCAAGUUUAAGAAUUGACUAUGAAGAAGAGACAGUCCCUGGCAAAGUUGACUACUAUGUCAGCAAAACAGAUCUGGAAAUCAAACUUCCUAUUGUGAAAGAUACCAUGUCACUGGUAUGGCAACAAAAGAAAGUGGACACACUACCAGAAAAGUCAGGUUGUCUUUACCAAAUUUAUCCCAAACUGGCUUCCCAUUUAGAUCAUUUCAGAGUAGUGGAAAGAUGUGCGACACUUUUCAGACAUUUUGUAGGGGUGCGCACAUCCAACAAGAUGGGACCUACCUCCUUUAGAAUGAUGGCAAGGAGAUGUCAUUUGACAGAUUUCGGCUUCACUCUUGCUUCAUUUGACAUAAUGUUCAUCAACAUGAGUCGUCGUCAUCCAGGUUGUGAAUCAGGCCGUGCUUCUCUUAAUUUCCAUGGUUUCUAUGAAUCACUCAUUGCAAUAGGACACAAGAAAUUUGCACUGACCAUGCGGAAAGAGCCUGUGCAGAUUUUAUUGAAUGUUUUAAAACAUUGUGAACAUCACUUGGAAAAGAAUGUGAAUGCCUCACAACGCCGCAAGAUGCCUGAGCCUUACUUGAGACCAUCGCUAGGUGAUAGAAAACUGUUGAGCUGCUUUCAGUUUCCCUUAGCUACCAGUUCUUUGUUUUAAUCACUAACCAAAAGAUCUCAAAACACCUUCCUGAACUUGGUUGUGUUGAGACUGAGAUAAUAUCUAUUUACUAGUGACCAAUGAUGACUCAGUUCCAAAUUUCAUCCUAUUUCUGUGCCAAGCUAAAUCCAAAACAACAUUUAAAGCCAUUAAUUUUAGCAGAUUGGCACCAAAGAUCCACACAGCUACAGUUCAACCAAUGACGGGCCUUGCCACACUAGACUGCAUGAGCAAGACUCAAGUUCACACAUGCUGAAUUCAGGAAUUACUUUGAUGUACCCCAGUAUUUAAAAAUGUGAGAUUGAAUGGAACUUGGACACUAAUUAGCUUGUUCCAAGCUCUCAGUCAGAGGGGAGAGACAUAAAAGUCAGUAAACUUAAUUUAGCAAUGUUCAGGCAAAGGAUGUAAUGUUUCUCUCAAUGGUACCCCAACAGAAUGAGAUCUUCAAUUAAGCAACAUAAGGCUCAAUUAAUUUAAGAUGGUGGACUACAACUAUAAUCUCUUACAACUGUAAAUCAUCAAUUGUAAAUAAAAAUUUCAAGGGAAAUAAACUUACUAAAAGUUCUAAAUGAAUGUUCAACCAUUGCACAGCUAACUCCAUAUUCACAUUUAACACUUUGAGUUCUUUUAUUGACUGUUUCAAUGGAUGUAUGAUAGUUAAUUUUGCUAGGAAAGCCCUCUAUAAGGGGACUUUGAAAACACAGAAAUACAAUGUAAUUGUGACAACUAUUUCCUUAUUAUUUUCUGUGUUUGGCAUAAGUUACAAAUCAA